CCUUUCUGGGUUAGAAAGUAUCGUGAAAUAGAAUCAUAAAUCUGAUGCGAGUGUGCUUCUUGGAAGGAAGUUGCCUCUAGUGCUGUUAUAACUGGCACUCUUGAAAGGUGGCUAGAUAAAAAGUCAUGUAAAAUCCAUUAUUAGCUGAUAUUACGAUAUAAUGAGAUGUUUCUGUCACAAUCAGAAUGGUCCUUGUUCAAACUGUCACCGAGAACAUAGACAAGUGUUUCAAAAGUAUGCAAAGUUCCGAGAUUGUGCCUAACAACUAAGGCAACAGAGAGAUGAGAGAGAAAAGCUGGUGCUUAUUUGUCAAAUUCAUUGUUGUUCAAUUUGAAUUACAAUGAAUCUCUUCUUUCUAGUUCUAAUGCUCGACUCUACGAUUGAAAUAGUAGAGUGUCCGUUUUGCAGGAGCAGUCUUUACUUCUUUCUCAGCUUGUUAUGGACCGCUGACUUUUUCUCUUUCGACUUUCAGCGCACCAUUUUACUGUGAUCUCUCCCCAAGAACAGAGGAAGCGACACAAAUGCCGUGGAACCUCUGUGCAAGUUUUUUAUUGUGAGGUGUACGGUUUGAGAUUCUUUUGAGCGGUAAUUCCAAGAUGGAAGAGGACAUGGAAUGUACUGCUUCUGGACUCAAAAAGCAUUUGGACUUCGCCGAUGUAACACUUACUUUACCGACGAUGCCCCUACCUGUGGUCCAAAUAUCAAAAAACGAUGAUGCUUUGGAUAUAUCUGCAUCGAGCCCUGACGUUACUUUGGAAGGCAUGGGACAAGAUCCAGCAAUUGAAGAGCUUCGGGGAGCUCUUCGGAGAGAAGCCCAACGCAUACGAAAGAACUUGGCUGGAUUAGACGGUGUCGCUAUGCUGCCUCACUCCUACAAGCAGCAGAUAAAUGAAGCUGAAAUUCCAGAUGGUAGUGAGAAGGAGUUAGAGAAUUUAUUCUCCUCCUUGAAACAUGAAUACCUGGAGGUGACAGAAAAACAAGGGCUUCUCGAACUUCUUACCAAGUUUGACGAUGAGAAGAAAGAAAAUGAAAGAUGGCUAUCUGAUGAUGUGCCAGAAAUACAAAGCUUGCGGGCAGAGCUGAUGAGCCUUAAACAGUCAAAUGCGGAUACAAUUGACGAAAUUGAGACUCUAAUACACACAGUUGCCGAUGAUAUGAAUUCUUUUGAGAAUAACUUAAGUCUGGCUACCCACAGCCUUGAGAAUUGUGAUCUGGAGUUGGAUAAGAUGGCACAAGUGGGAAAGAGACGUGACAUCCACGAGGAUGGUAUAAAUAUGAUAAAGCUGGCGGAAACUCCCCAAGACCUUGAGGAAACGAUUAGACUUCUGGAGGAACAACUAAGGCAAAAUGAAAGGGAAUACGAGGAUACUGAAGCAGCAAUGAAACAAAGGAUUGAACAGUACAACCUUGAGAUGGAAGAGUUACAAGCACAAGCUAGACAGCUGGACAAAGAAGAAGAAUCCUUGCGGAUGAUUGUUGAUGUCAGUGGCAGAUGCCUUAGAUCGCAAACUUUGCUGGAGUCAAUAAAUGACGUUGCAGUGAUUGCUGUUGGAGACGACUUUGUUGAGCUCCAACUCACUACCGAUGUACCUACAAUGGAUGAUCCUUGUGAGGCUGCAAGUGGACAAGGAGUCAAACAGGAGCUGAAACAUAAACUUUACAUAAAGGUCAAUUCAAAAUCAAUGGGGGUCGAAACAGCAGAACUAUUUCCUGCAGAUGUGCCGAUUGAUGAUCUCGUCUCUUCUACGCAGCAAAGUCAAGAUUUAAACGUAUCUUCGGAGUCCACCAAGGAGGGCGAAAAUGCAGAGUUUGGACGUCAGUUUGCGUAUCUAGUGACAGCCGUUCAUCACCGAAUCAGCGUAUUCGCUCUGAAAUCCGCCUCUCUCUCUUCUGCUUCUAAUGAUCCUAGAUAUUGUGUGGAGUAUUUACCAGAUACUUCCGUUAUCACUGUCACCAUUCCCGGUAAAUUGAAUUUUUUGAUAGAGGUUCCUCAAGGCUGGCCCAUGCAUGGUUUCUCUCUUCGAUUGCGAUCUUUGUACGCCGUAAAAGAAGAAAGCCCUGCAUCUGAAGAGCUUCUUGAAGAAGCAAUGGAACUUGCAAAUCAAAUGCCUGAGUAUGCUAGACACGAUGUGCUGAGCUUCGUUCAAGCUGUGGAGAAAAUCGUGACGGAAAGAACACGAUUAUGAUCGUUUCUUCCCGUGACUGUAGUGUACGGAAACCCUUGAAACUCCUGGCAAUAUCGUUGUACAUGACUAUCUGUCAACCGCUUUUCUUUUUCAGAAUCGUGGUGGAUGUUAUUAGCUUACAAACACUCAAAUAUUUGUAGAUAAGCUCAUUGAAGGUACUUCAAAUUUAUGAUGUAAUGUAAUUCUAGUUUUCUGGAAAAGACAUUGCGGGUUGAGGGAUUCUAUGACAUCGUUUACAAGUAUACCCAACGAGAGUGCUACGUUGAGCCUUGCAGCUAAACCGUUUGUAAUUAUUCUUAUAAUGUGCAAUCAGUUGUACUUAACAGUCCUAUCGAGGUGUAUCGUCAUACACCUCGCUCACCUGGCGGUGAUGCGAAUAGUAUGAAUGUUAAUAAAUAAUUUGUCGUACUUUAUAUCGUGGUCGAGAGGGUGAAGAAGGUUCGUGAUAUUAAUGGUAAUAAAAGACUCCAGGCGGAGAGCAGGUUGUACUCAUUUCCU